AUGCCACCACACCUUGCUAGCGCCUGCCCCCUGGCUGAUGGCCAUGAUGAGGCCUUCGGGCCCUCCUUCCAAGUUAUUGCCGAAGUCACAUUGGAAUAUGCUGACCCUGAUGUUCCCGAUCAGGAAAUUGAGUUUGAAUUCAUUAUGGAUUACCACCAAGGCAUUUGUGCCCUUUCCGACUACAACGCGCUGAUAUCCAACCCGCAGGCGAUAUGCUACGUCGCCGAAUUCAUGCUGCGAACGUGGGCAUUCGGUAAGUUUCAACACCUUGAUAUUGAGCCCGAACCCCCAGCCGAAGAUAACUCGGCUGAAGACACCGAACCGAUAGGCCGAGCGGCUAUGGAAUUAGAUGCUGAAGACGAUGGGUAG